ACUGCAGACAUAUUACAGGAGAAGAUCAGAGACUGCAGAAAUACUACAGGCGAUGGUUAGAGACUGCAGACAUACUACAAGAGAAGAUCAGAGACUGCAGAAAUACUACAGGAGAUGGUCAGAGACUGCAUAAAUACUACAGGAGAUGGUCAGAGACUGCUCACAUACUACAAGAGAAGAUCAGAGACUGCAGAAAUACUACAGGAGAUUAUCCUAGACUGCAGACAUACUACAGGAGAAGAUCAGAGACUGCAUAAAUGCUACAUGAGAGGAUUAGAGACUGCAGACAUAUUGCAGAAGAUGAUCAGACACUGCACU